GAUUUGAGAAUUCAGGGGAGGGGCCCAUUUGAAUCUCCGAGAAAAUGUGGAAACAAUCAAAAAUUGGUUAGCCUUCAAUUUUCCCCCUAGCCUGACAGAAAAAAAAGCGUGUAUGGGCAAUGGGGGCGUAUAGAGCUGAAGACGAUUACGAUUAUCUCUUCAAGGUUGUGUUGAUCGGUGACUCCGGUGUCGGCAAAUCCAACCUUCUCUCGAGGUUCACCAAGAAUGAGUUCAGUCGCGAAUCCAAAUCCACCAUUGGGGUCGAGUUCGCCACCAGAAGCAUUCGCGUCGACGACAAGGUUGUUAAGGCCCAGAUUUGGGACACCGCCGGUCAAGAAAGGUACCGGGCAAUCACGAGUGCAUAUUACCGUGGAGCCGUGGGAGCUUUACUAGUGUACGACGUUACGCGGCAUGUAACAUUCCAGAACGUGGAGAGGUGGCUGAAGGAGCUAAGAGGUCACACAGAUGCCAACAUUGUGGUGAUGCUAGUCGGCAACAAGGCUGACCUCCGCCACUUGCGGGCGGUUUCCGUCGAAGACGCCACCACUUUCGCAGAACAAGAGAACACAUUCUUCAUGGAGACAUCAGCCCUGGAGUCCAUGAAUGUGGAGAAUGCGUUCACAGAAGUGCUGUCUCAGAUAUAUCGUGUGGUAAGCAAGAAGGCACUUGAUAUUGGGGAUGAUCCCUCGGCUUUGCCUAAGGGACAGACCAUUAAUGUUGGGUCUCGUGAUGAUGUAUCAGCUGUGAAGAAUGCUGGAUGCUGCUCUUCUUGAGCAUGCAUGCUCAUAUAUAUAUAUAUAUAUAUAUGUUCAUCGAUUUUUUGUCCUGCUGUUUACAUCCAUGUAUAGAUUGGAUUGUCUAGAGAGCAUCAAACUGUGAGCUUUGAGCUUUUUGGUUUGUACUUUGUAGAGAAAUCUAUUCGACUUUAUAUU